AAAGUCAGUUCAGUUUUGAAACGAGCGGCGUACAGAGUAGAGGUAGCCAAUUUCGCACUCCCGCAUCAGAUCAUCAUCAAUAUAGUCAAAAACGUUGAAUUUUGUUAGCAAACACAACAACUGAAGUUCAAGCCAAGUUCUAAGUCCCAGUCUGACUGGAUUUUGGCCAACAGUCGGGCAAACAGAAACAAUCGUAACCGAUUCGCGCGGCAAGCGUUCAGAAUUCUACCAGAAGUCGAGCCGAAUUCGCGCGUUUCCCGGUUUUAAAAAGAGUCGUGCGGUCGUCGAUCGAAACGGAAUUUCGCUACCUGUGUACAUUCGUCGCCGUUUUUUAAGCAAUUCGUCGAAACGGUUCAGCAAACCAGAAGUCUCGCAAAAAAAGAAGAAGAGUGGUUUGUUGAAAAGUCGGAAAAGUUCCAAGGAAAAUCGGAGAGAAAAAAAGCCAAAAGUGCAAGAGUGCAGUGAGAGAAAAUCAUUCUUUGCAGCAAGGCAAAAAUAGUGCAUUUUCUGAUAACACCAAGGCGAAAGCAAAGGAAAUCCUCUGCGAAAAGAAGAAGAAAAAGCAGCAGUCAAAGUGCGCAUGUGAACGUGAAAAUUUUCGUUCGGAAAAACCAGUGCAAGUUCCGGGAAGCAAAACGAGCAGAAGAAGAAGAAGCUCAAAAUUUGAAGUUUUUUCGGUGAAACGGCUGAUCGAGCAAAACUAGAAGCUGCGUCAACGGAAGAAAUCGUACGCGACCCGAAGAAGAACAGAAACCUGCAGGCAGAACGAACGAACGAAGAUCCCGGAGAAUGUCUACCGCGAUAAUGCACACCGGGGCGUUCUACGACUUUGGUGAUUUUACACUGAAGAAUCAAACAAACUCCAGAAGCACAGCGCAGAUGAUUUCGAACAGCACAAACAGCAGCAGCAGCAACAGCAGCAAUGCAUCCAGCACCAGCUCCAGUAGCACCAGCCAUCACCACAGCCAGCAGAUCCUGCUGCAGCAAACCUUUACCCACCAGCAGCAGCAACAUCCGCACCACCACAGUCAACACCACCAGUCCCACCAGCACCACUCCUCGUCCCACCCCCAGCAGCAGCAGCACACCGCUCGUCAGCUUCUGAUCCACAAUGCUCUCACGCGGACCACGUCCCACCCGGUGACGACGUCGAACUCUUCGUCGUCCUCGUCCAAUUCCGCGUCGGCCGCCACGAUGGAGUCGCUGAUUGAGCUGCUGCGGAUGUCGACGGCGGCCAGUGCGGCCGUGCUGGCGCAGUCCGGCAAUGGGAGUGGGAGCAACGGAGCGAGUGGGGGUGGUGGCGGAGGUGGCCACCGGAAGCUCGAGCGAACGCAGUCGGAGCCGCUGCCGCAGCAGGUCAAUACGUCGAGAUACAAAACCGAGCUGUGCCGACCGUUCGAGGAGGCCGGCGAGUGCAAGUACGGCGACAAGUGCCAGUUUGCGCACGGCAUGCAGGAACUGCGCAACCUCCAGCGUCAUCCAAAGUACAAGACCGAGCUGUGCCGCACGUUCCACAGCGUCGGCUUCUGCCCAUACGGCCCUCGCUGCCACUUUGUGCACAACGCCGAGGAAGCCCGCAACCACAACCGCUCGGUGGCGGCGUACCACGCCCAGCUUGCUGCGGCCGCCGCAAGUGGCCAAAGUCAGUCCCAGGCAGCGGCAGCUGCCGCCGCUGCGGUCGCUCAACUGCAGCACUCGGCCGCGCUAAUUCAGCAACGUCAGCAGCAGCAACAGCAACACCAGCUGCCGCUCAGUCCGGCCCUGUCCAUGUCGACCGGUUCGGACCGCGGAUCGUCGCCGAUCGGAUCGCUAUCGCUGUCGCCGACCACGUCGAUGGCCAGCUUCUUCCCCGAGCAGGGCAGCCCCACAUUCCCACCGACGUCGUCGAACCAGCAGCAGCAGCAGAGUGCGUUCAAUUUCCCGGCGUCGCCUCCGGCCAGUCCGAUUGACCACCAGCACCACCAGCAGGUGUCGCCGAUGGCCACUCCUCCGCCGUCGUCGCCGUCGCUGGUGCUGAAGCAGCAGCAGCAGCAGCAGGAUCUGGGUGAGGCCCGACUUCCGGUGUUUAACCGGCUCAGCUCAACGGUGGACGCGUUCACCAAUCUGAUGAUUUAGGGUGGAAAUGGUUCUUUUCGGUGUUUCUGGGCGUGGGGAAAAAACGCAAGCAAGCAAGUCUAAAAGCGCAUAUUUAUACACACAAACACACAUUUACCUUUAAAGAGAAAGAGAAGAAAAAAAAACCGAAAGAAAAAUAGAAAAAGUUGCACCCCAUCCCUUCUAGAAGCGAAUGCGCGUAAGUCGUAAAAUCAGCACACACACACACUGUAUUUAUUAUUAUUAUUAUUUUUUGUAUCUAUGAAGCAAGCAGAAAAAAAAACACGCACCCCACCCUCCCCUAAAGCAAGCAAAACAAACACAAAAAUACAUACAAAACGAAACACGGACAGAAAAGAGAGAAAAAAACACAAAAGCUAGGAGGAGAAAAAGUAACCAACAUUUAUUUAAUUAUUUAUUUUUAUAUUAAAAUUAACGUUUAUUUAAAGCAAAACAACAAACAAUCAAAACUAAACUUUGAUGAAGCAAGAAAGAGAGAAGAAGAGAGAGAGAGGAUAGCGAAAUAUGAAAUGUUAGCGAGCUUCCAGUGAUGCGAGAAGAGAGGGACGAUGACGAAUUUUGAUUUCAUACGCAGACGUACACAAAUACACAAAGCCCACAAACACACACACGCAUAAAACCAACCAACCAAUAUUCUCCUUUGUGUUUAUCUUCCUUAAUUAUUAGUAUGAUAUCAAGCAACAACUAUACUUUAUUAUUUUUAAUUUAUUUUAUUUAUUUUUUCCACUCUUGCUACUAUUUUUUGUUUCUUAAAAACACCGACAGAAAAAAAAACUCAAACGAGCUGAAGCAAAAAAAGAAACGAAACUGAAGGUUAUAUUCUUUGUAUACUUUGUAGUAAUUUAUAAUAUUUGAAAAGCAUAAAAAAGUCAUGAAUCGCUUAAUUACACACGCACGUGCAAACACACGUGCAGAAAGCAAAAAUUACCCCUUGUUUAUAUGAAAAUUGCGAAAACUAUUUGGUCAACACCAGAAAGUGCCUUAUCUGAGAGCUCAAUCCAAGUAGGCUCUGCCCGCGCAACCCCCGCGCUUACUACGAGUCAUGUACAGGUUUUAGCAUUCGAGUCAACUUCAUUUUCAAGCGCAACGCGCGGGAGAGCGAGAGAGGAAGGAGCCUACUUUGAUGAGUUUUUGUACAUUUGAAAUUGCUUAAAAAAAGGGUGAAACAAAAUCCUCUAGCUUUGUAAGGUGAUAUGAUUCUUCCAACGAUACUUCCAACUUUUUUAUACAUUAAAUGAUUAUUGCGAAAAAGAAAAACAAAAACAGAACUGUGUAUAGAGAAACAAACAAA